AACCAGCUAUGCUGAACACCAGUGCAAGUCUCACUCUCGCUCAGCGUGUACCGAGUAAGUUACAGUAAUAUCGCCCGGUGAACGAUCGACAAUCAGCGACAAGUGACAGAACAGUGACUACGAAUAAAACGACGCUUCGCAACGACUAUAUAUACAUAUGCACAGUACCACAAGUAUUCCAUCUUUCUGUAAAGUUUUAUCGUAAUAGUUUUGUGUCGUAGUCGUUAAAAAUAAACUUUUAAGUCGUUUUAAAUUUUACCAAAAUUAUGAAUACGCUCGUUAAUGCUACCUCGGCGGUAAAAGCUUCUUGCCCUAUGAUUAUGGUGUUCCACGGCGGUCAUUGUGAGCGAAUACUGUGGCGUAGUUGGGUCGCCAGCACUGUUGUAGAGUUUGGUUUCUCUUGUGUUGCUUGGUUUUUCAUCGCUUUUAUGUAUGAAGCAAUCAAAUUUGCACGCCAACAGCUGUAUAAACGCUCAGCACAAAAAGCUUCAGAACGUAUGGCCUUAGAGGUAGAAGCGAAACGUGCCGCCCAUCCACCCGGCUGUACGCAUGCAUCGUCUCCUUUGCCGGAGAUCAGAGGAAAAACGUAUAGAGAACAUCUUUUUUCAAAAGAUCACAUCAUACAGACGCUGCUAAACGUGGUGCAGAUUAUUAUAUCUUAUCUUCUGAUGCUGGUCUUCAUGAACUUUAACUAUUGGUUGUGCUUGUCUAUGAUAUUGGGUUUAGGCUUCGGCUACUUUUGUUUCGGUUGGGUUAGACAGUCAGGUAUUGGUACCGAAUGCUGCACUUAAGUCUGAUGGGAAUAUUCGAAAAUCACACGGGCUCGAUUGCCUCAUUUCACUUUCAAUACAAUUCAUUGUUUUAAGUUAAUAAGAUAGAUAAUUGACUGAUUUAAGCCUUUGGAAAUGAAAUCCAACUAAUUGUAUUUUAUGCGUGCAUGGGAUAGAAAAGACAAAAGUCUAUACGUUUUGUUUAGAAGCUUAUAAUUAUGUGCAAAUUUAUUUCUAAGAAUUUUAUAAAUUUAAAUUCAACAGAAAAUGCUUUGUAAAUAUCAAUCAUAAAUCAAACACGUUAUUUUUAGCAAAUACGAAAUAAAAGUGUCUAUACACACAUACAUAUAAUAAGCAUUUGUGCUAAAUUCAAGGAUAUUCUCAAAAAGUUGCCAGCUAUAAAAUUUGACAGAUUAUAUAAACCGCAUGGCUACUUAAGUCCAUGAGUAUACUUUGUUAGUCUCCAUAUUCCUAUACAGUUCAAAAACAAUGCAAUGCUGAAUGCAGUGAAAAAUUUUCUGGUUUUAACUAAAUUUUGGUGUAGAAAUAAUUCGAUUUAUUUCAAGGCAAGCAAACAACCAUUAUUUCUUUUAUUUUAUUAAAAAAAGCCUCCGUAGACGAGUGAAUUGCACACGAGUAUUAUUCGGUCUGACUCCGGCUCUCAGCGAAUUUGACAGAGCCAGCGAAUGGGCCGACGUAGGCCGGGUUUGUUAACGAAAAUACUAACACAUUGCCACUUCGUUUCCGUCUGAACAACGACAAAUGGAAUGAAUGAAAAAUAUAUAGAUCAAAUUAGUUUGCCACGCAUUGACAACAAAAUACGUUUGUGGUAAACUUUAAAUACCAUAACAUAAACUUUAAAUACUAACAUCCUAAUUACUGAGGAAGAGCAACUUCGCCGGCAGAAAGAGCGUUUAUCGGAAGUACUCAACAACGUACUUGAUCCCUCUACUGACCAGUCCGUAGUCGUUUUGAGAAUAAACACAUCACCAUUACAUCUGGCUGAAAUCUCUGUUGCAAUAAAACCGUUAUCAUAUGGUAUACCUGCUGAAGUCUAUAAAAAUGGCAACGCCCUCUACGCGGAAAUUCUAUCUCCCAUUACAAAAACUGUCUGGGAACAAGAAUCUUUCCCGCGAGAACGGAAAGAGUGAAUUAUAGUAAAGCUACCAAAAAAAGGGGCCUUAAAAACUGCAAUAAUUGGAGAGACAUUUGCAUGCUCCCCGCAGUAGCUAAACUUAUCGCGCUUAUAGUUCUCAACCGGCAAAAACACCACCUGGAAGCAACUAUUAGCUCCUGCCAAGCCGGUUUUCGCAGUGGCUCCUCCUGUUACGACCAAAUAAAUACCCUCAUCGAGCAAUGUGGUGAAUUUAAGUCUAACCUACAUCUACUGUUUAUCGAUUUUCAAAAAGCUUUUGACAGUGUCAAGCGGGAGACCAUCUGGGCUGCGCUGAGGAGAAGAGAUAUCCCUGAAAAACUUGUUGCACUUAUAAGGAAGAACUAUUUGACGCAAGUUGCUACCUCCUUCAUAUAGAAAAACUGUUGGACUCUUAUCUGUUGCUAAAUGGUAUACGACAAGGGUGCAUUCUGUCACCAAUUGUCUUUCUUAUUGUCUUCGAAGACGCUUUGAGCACUGCCUUUACGCACCGAAAACCAACAGAGGGGCAUCCAAUGGCAAACAGCACAUUCCUCAGAUACUUGGCAUACUCUGAUGAUAUCUGUUUGCUCGCAUCCAAGUUGUGUGACCUCAAAUUGCUGACACAAGCCGUGCAUGAAAAGUUGAAACCAACCGCCCUCAAAGUCAACGCCGAAAAACGAAAGCGCUGUAUUUCAAUGAGACCAUAUCGGAACCAUUAAUAGUGGGUGCACAACAGUUUGAAACCGUUGACAAACCCUGCUUCCGUGGCUGCGUGAUCACCGCGGAUGGCAGUUCUGAGGUGGAUGUCGAGCAUAGAAUUAGCAAAGCUAAAUCGUCUUUCGGCAUCCUCGCUCCAUUCUGGCAAAACAACAGUAUCAGCCUUCACAUCAAGCUGCUCGUCUUCAAAUCGAACGUAAAAUCUGAUGUAGUUGCACCACCUGGAAAGUAAUUGCGAAGAUCACGAAGCUGCCUGCGUAGGAUUUUGCGAAUUUUCUGGCCUUGAACAAUAACCAACGCCGAGUUGUUGGCGCAAGCUAAGGAAAAAUGACGAAAAUGUCGCUGGAAUCCAUAUCAACAAACUGUUAGAGGAAUUGGCAGACCACGUACCACCUAGCGGCGUUCAACAGAAGCUGAAAUGAAGUCUCUUGGAUUAUUGUGGAACGAACUAAGUUCCCUAGCACAAAACGUCCAGUCCAAGUGCAAGUUCAACUUACCUUUGUACAUCUAUUUUACUUACCUUUUUUUGACUGAUUUAUGUCCCUAUGCUCUAUGUCCCAUCAGGGAGGACAAGAAUUAAGGGAGAUAUCAGUAUAAGUUUACUGUACGAAUUAAGUGCAGAAUAUGAUACUAUGAAAGCGGCUUGGAAAACGUACUCACGCGAGGCAUAUCAAAUAACGCAAGGAUAUAUUAAAUUGUUAAGAGAUUAUCAUCCUAUCUGCACAACAAAACGCAGUACCUCCAAUCAAGAACGCAAUGAAACAGGAGGUAGUUUACUAUCGCCUGUCCAGGUGUGUAUACAGGAUAUUUUAGGCAACAUACGCGCCUGCUUGGACCUAACCAACAAUCAAUGUGAAAACAAAUAAGAAUGUAUGUGUUGACUACAUUUGGAUUAGCAAUGUUUGCUCCAUCUCUAUUUGGUUCGUCGCGCAUUGGGGCAGCAUGCGGAUUCCUCUGACGCUGACUUUAUCCAUUCAUUGAGCCAGUUUGCGAUGCUCUUGUAAGAAGUGAAGCGCUCUCCGAUAAGGGUGGACUGCAUUGAUCGGAAUAGAUGGUAAUCCAAAGGUGCAAUGUUUGGGGAAUAUGGUGGGUGCGGCAAGAAGUCCCAAUUCAGUUCCUCUAAAUAUUUCUGGACCAUUUUAGCAACGUGUGGCCUGGCGUUGUCACAGAGCAAAAUCAGUUUCAGUCAUGUCUACCAUCCCUUUCCGGCCGCUUUUCUUUGAGAGCUCGAUUCAAUCGCUCGUUAACGAUCGUUAGUGAUGGUUUCAGAUGGUUUAAGGAGUUCAUAAUAGCAGACACCCUUCUGAUCUCGAUAUUUAUCACUCACGUCGAAAUCGCCACUUUGGCAGCGUCGAAACCACUCUUUACAAGUUGUAUUUGAUGGAGGGUGAUUAUUGUAAAUAUUAAUCAAUAUGCGACACGUUUCAGCUGCACUUUUCUUUAAAAGGUAAUAAUAAAGCAUGACUUCACGGAAAUUCGGGACGAACGUAACGGAUGUCAACUACUACCAUCGAGACCUUACAUAUACACCUUACUCGAGCGAGCGCAAAAUUAGUAUCAGCAGCGACACAUCUUUUACGAGGGUGGCAACUUAUUCCCAUACCCAAUACAUACUCACAUAUUCCUACAUACUUGCAAUUAUAAUUUUUUAUUACGUUUUCAUUUUAAUGUAUUAAUGUGAUUUUAUUCACCAUCAUUCUAUAAAGUAAUGUGUAAAAAUAGUA